GGUAUAUUUUUGUAUAAAUUUCUAUAAAUACAGCAUUUUUUGUAUUAAUUUUUUUAAAAAAAUGGUAUGUUUUUAUUAAUUUUUAUAUAAAAAAAGUAUUUUUGUAUUAAUUUUAUAAAAAUCAAUGUAUUGUAGUAUUAAAAAACAGUAUUUUUUUAUUAAUUUCAUUUUUAUUAUUCCUUACAAAUAUAAACUGUUUAUAAUAUAUGUAACAUAUUAAACUGUUUAUAAGUUUAAUAUGAGGGAGCCGAAAUUUAAACUGUUUGUAUUAUGUUGGAAUCAUAUAUGUAACAUAUUAAAUUGUAUCCAAGUAUUCCAGUCCAGCUGGUUGUGAGAGGUCUCGAGUUACACAGCAUUACCUUUUUUUAAGCAAAUACUGUGAGUAAAAGUUGAAGUAAUUGGAUUUACUUCUCCGAUUUGGAAUUUGGAUAGGUGUUUUCAGACGGUGAUAGUUCGAAGAGUUGGGAAUCAUAAAGUUCCUUACUUCCUACUCAACGUAAAAUCGGUAAAACCUUAAUUACGCCGGUUUUCCGAUCGAAAUGCUGCCAUCGCUGCCAUCAUUGCCGGAUGAACUCAAAAUUGAAAUCUUCACCAGAUUACCCGUCAAGUCUCUGAUGCGUUUCACUACAUUGAGUAAGUCAUGGCUUUCUCUAUUGUCAGAUUUUGGAUUCUUCUCAGCACACCUGUCUAAAGGAGCUAGCGAACAUUUCUUCUGUGUAACUAAGAGCGACCCGAAUAUUCUUCGUUUUGCUCUUAUCAAAGAUGGAGAAAAUCUCGACGGCAAUCUCACGCUACAACUUGGACCAAUCGUCAAACCUGAUAGGGAAUUCCCAAUGUGGUCUUAUGUUUUUUUCAAUCCAAAGGAUUCGGCGGAGAUUGAAAUUGUGGGCAGCUUCGAUGGAUUGCUUUGUUUAUGCUUUCUCCGUCCAGAUUCUCAGCCGUUAAUGAUGUUAUGGAAUCCUUCUAUUCGAAGACACUUGGUGUUACGACCUCCUAGUAAAAUUUAGAAUGUAGUAUUAGUUAUAAGUUUAUUUUUAUAGAUAAUAUGUAUUAUUCAAGAUUCCAAAAGAUAUAUAAUUUUUAGAUUCUCUAAUUUGUGUACUUUAAACAUCAUAAACUUAUAUUUCAUUGAACUGUCUAGUCUACAUGCAUUUCAUUGUUCAAAUUUGUAAUUUUGGUCUUUUAGGGGACCUCAAUUUUCCAUAUGGAACCGGGGCCUCCAAAUUCAUUAGACGGCCCUGAUUUUGCUUGGAAACAAAGAUGCCGUUGCAGAUGUGCAUUUGCUUGAGGCUGUUGUAGGUGUGAAAUAAUGUUGUAAAGGUUUUCUUGUUUCGUCAAAUCCAAUUUGGUUAAGCCAACAUAAUAUAUUGGCAAUUUGACUUGAGUGGUUCUCCUUUUCUUAUUUAUACGUAUUGCUUUCAGUUUUCUUUACUUUACAAGUUAAUCUAACUUUUUCCUGUCUUGUUAUUCCUUAAAUCUUUAGAUUCAGGGCUCGUGGAAGAGGAGAUGCAGAUGGUGGACAAGCAAUAUAGCCAAGGUUUUACAAACCAUUGGCUUGUUUCUUUCCAAGGGAAAAGGUUAAUCAUAUCUAUCUUAAUAUAAAAGCAAAAGAAUUGGAGGAACAGUGUUCCCACCUACAUAUGUCAACAUCAUGUUAAUUUUUAAUUUUUCAGUAAAAUUAUUU